AUGCAUAGUUCCAUCGAACGCAUCCAGUGGCUAGAUAGCCUUCGCGGCAUAGCAGCGCUCAUAGUGGCUGUUGACCAUCUUUUCAUGGGAUGCAUCGAGGCUCCGUUCAGGUCUUACUGGGCAGAGCCGGUGGCCGAUAACCGACACUUUUAUCAGCUUCCACCCAUAUCCAUCAUCUUUGCCGCAAAAUCCAUGGUAGCCCUUUUCAUGGUCCUGUCGGGAUAUUCCAUAUCCGUGUCUCUUGUCCAGACCAGAAAUGAGGCCACAAUAUCUCGAUUUUACCAAAAGCUCGCCUCUGCAGCCUUUCGAAGGGUAUUUCGACUCUACAUCCCCGUCUUCAUCAUGGCCACGGUGGCUCAAAUUGCAUUAUACCUGGGACUAUACCAUUGGUGGUGGCCUCAACUUGAUAAGAUUGGCGUUGUCCCUUGGGGCUCACCGGUAUUGCACUUCAGAUACUACCUCGCAUACCUGGUGGACAGCCUAAACAUUCUCGAUAUCUCCCCAAACCCAGGCCUAAAUGAUCAGCUUUGGACAAUUCCUCGCGAGCUACGCGGCUCUUUUUGCGUUUACCUAACUAUCCUCGCGCUUUCCGGCAUUAAUCACAAUAAGAGGAUAUGUAUUGUCCUUUUAAUCUUGCUGCAUACACUCUGGCACGGUAAUUGGGAUAUCUUUGGCUUUUACUCCGGCCUCUUGAUUGCAGAGGCGACAAAUCACCCAGGAAACCACCAAAUUCCACUGCAUUCGGCUAAAGAUAUUCCAGCACCUAUCAUUGAGCGCAAGCUAUCGAAUCGUAAAUCCGAUGGUUCUCUGUAUGCCUGGUCCUCCCGGUCUCAUAGCAGAGUCUUCAAGAAGCUUUUUCUAUCCGUGCUCUCAUUUUGGUUGCUUUGUCAACCGUUUGAGGAAUCCUGGCCUCCGGGUUACCAAUUUCUCCAGAACCUUGUUCCGCCACCCUGGCGUGGUCGCCACUGGGAGUACACAAAAUUCAGCAUCAGUACUAUUGGUUCAGUCGGUCUCGUCAUACUGAUCAACGACACGCCUGUCCUCCAAAGGCUUCUCAGUGCACGCCCGCUCGAGUUUCUCGGAGAGGCAUCCUUCUCUCUGUAUCUGGUACACGUUAUUUACUACCGCUGCUUCCGGAACCCUGUCAUGAACUUUACGUACGCUCUCUUCACGGGGAAUCGCUUCUGGGUAGACGGGAUUGCGCCGGAGCCACUUCCGGAGUACAUCACGUGGUGGGUUUGUGGCCUUGUAAUGAUACCAUCCUCACUACUCAUGGCAACAUAUGUUGCCAGGCAUGUUGACAAGAGGUCAGCUUGGUGGGCACAUGCCAUCUUGAAAUGGAUGAGCUGA